UCACUCUUCCCGACUUCCCUCCCUUUAUGGGAAGGCUGGUUCUGGUAGUGUGGUUGUUUUUUGUUGUGGUGUUUGUUUUUGUGAUGAGCUGCCUAUUUUCAAAGUGUUUGGCAAACUGUACCAAUGGCUCAGAAGCACAAUUUCCUCUUGUCUAUGUACUCUUGAUUGGCAUGUAGAAGUACUCAUUCUGCUUGCUUGGACUGGUUUUCCCUCUGUGUUAGAGGCAUGGGGCAAGUUGCAUGUUGGAGGGAUUUUCUUCUGCUUUUUGUUGGAAAAGCAAAGCUGACAACUUUGAUAAGCAAAGAAGCAGCUGUUGGUUUUCCACUAGAAGCUGUUUUGUGUAGUGCUUAUUUUAUUUCCCUCUUCCUUUCCAGGGUUCUGCAAGUGCUUCAGGCAGCAAGUUUUGAAGCAGGAUGGGAAAAAGACGCUGUGUUCCUCCCCUUGAGCCCAAGCUGGCAGCUGGCUGUUGUGGGGUAAAGAAGCCCAAGUUGUCCGGGAGCGGAACGCACAGUCAUGGGAAUCAGGCCACAACUGUACCCGGCUCCAGUUCAGGUCCUCUUCAGAACCACCAGCACACAGAUGGGAAUAAUGGAAGGGAGAACGUAUCUGACUUGACUUUGGGCCCAGGAAAUUCCCCAAUUACUCGAAUGAAUCCCACUUCAGGAGCUCUGAGCCCGCUUACUCGGCCCAAUGGAACUGCCAAUAGCACCAAGAACCUGGUGGUGACAGCGGAGAUGUGCUGCUACUGCUUCGAUGUACUCUACUGUCAUCUCUAUGGUUUCCCUCAGCCACGACUUCCUCGAUUUACCAAUGACCCCUACCCACUCUUUGUGACGUGGAAGACGGGGCGAGACAAGCGGCUUCGUGGCUGUAUUGGGACCUUUUCAGCCAUGAACCUUCACUCAGGACUCAGGGAAUACACAUUAACCAGUGCACUUAAGGACAGCCGAUUUCCACCCCUGACUCGCGAGGAGCUGCCCAAACUCUUCUGCUCUGUCUCCCUCCUCACUAACUUUGAGGAUGCCAGUGACUACUUGGACUGGGAGGUUGGGAUCCAUGGGAUCAGAAUAGAGUUCAUCAAUGAGAAAGGUGUCAAACGCACAGCCACGUAUUUACCUGAGGUUGCUAAGGAACAAGACUGGGAUCAGAUCCAGACCAUAGACUCCUUACUCAGGAAAGGUGGCUUUAAGGCUCCGAUUACCAAUGACUUUAGGAAAACGAUUAAACUCACCAGGUACCGCAGUGAGAAGGUGACAAUCAGUUAUGCGGAAUACAUGGCCUCUCGUCAGCAUUGUUUCCAGAAUGGCACUCUUCAUGCCCCUCCCCUCUACAAUCAUUACUCCUGACACACGGCUGCAUGACCAGUCCCACCCCCCAGUUGCUGCCAAUGGCUACGACAUCAUCGGGGCAGACGCCUCUUCUUCCUGGUCCAGUUACUUCUAUUACUGCACCAUUUUAUGAUGCUAGCUUCCGUUGCCAAGUCUGCCUUCCAGCUGACCUGGGGGGAGGAGGAGAGCGUGACAGAACUUCAGGGGCCCAAGCCUUAUCUCAGCCUUCCCUCCAAAUGGGGAUUUAGUUGGAUUGGAGCUCCAUGCCUACGAACUGUCGUGAGGUGCAGAAGACCUCUAGGAGUGAAAGUGCCACUUCAGAGCGAUCUGUUUGCGCGUGUUACCGACACUCUGGAAGCUUGAGUUGUUCAUUAUGGAAGCCCCCCAGAUCAAGUAGGAGCAUUCCCCUGGCAGCCUGGGCAACGGAGUCCAAUAAAACAUUUUUUAGGUUCUUUUUAAUUUUUUUAACCUCUGGUAUCUGUUGUGUACCAAGAGCUGAUUGCUGUCCCCACGCAUCACAGGUGGACGUUACAAUACAGAGAGGGUUGAACAGCUGGGUAGCACCCCAUCCUCACAGACAGAAAGCAUUUAAAGAUGUGAAAAUCCUUUGGGUGGUAUUGCGGAUGAAUCUGUUAUUUAAGUAAGCCCUAGAAGGCUCUAAUUCUCAGAUCCCGCUGUAGAUGGAUUCCCUAGAACUCCUUUUGGUUUACAGUUCGCUGGGUUUUUUAGGUGGUGCUUUGUAAUGUAGCCUGCUAUGAAAUAGAAUGCAGUUUUGCCUGUAGGAGUGCAAAUUGUCAUGCUGUGUACAUGAAGGACAAGGUAACCUGGACAGUCUUUGCUGUUACUACCCUGUUUUGUGUCAAGAAUUUCUAAGAGAGCCUGACUGGGGGUGGGAAGGGGUUGGCAGGGAAUAGACUGUAGUCAUACAAGGGAGACAAGUGACUGAAACUUCUUUAGAAAACUGUCUUGGGGACCUUCCUUUUCAUAGGACAGCCACUUUCUCUAGUGUGACUAUCAAUCUUGAGAUUGGUCAGUAUUCUGGUCUGCGGUGGGCCUGUUGUAUGAAGCUGUGUAGUUUCGCUGGUCAUACAUUGUACAGCUCUUUCAUUACCACAUCAAGGCAACGAGUGGGGAAACCCAUAUUACCUAAACUUUAUGACACUCACGUGCACUCUGUAUUUCUUCUCCUGUCAUUGACUGCAAGAAAUACUCUGUUCUAAGAGGAAGAUGUGUUCUCCAGUUGUCUGGCAGUGUUGUUAAUGGACACCCUGUCAACGAGGUUACUGGAAUUCCAACAAUUCGGAAACAUUUCUGGAGGGUCAGCAAUGAUCAGGAAAGAAAAUACAAGUGUAUAGCAGAGCGGUGGCUAUUUGGUCACACGUACCUUUAGAGUUUGCUUGUGUGUGGUAAUAAUGGCUUUUAAAAUUGGCUGGUGUUCUGAGUCUGAAAUUCUCCCCUGGCAAGGCAGGGAAUACGGCUGGUAGGAAGCUCAGGACUGUGUGCUGCUGCUCUUUCUGGUCCUAGAGAAGAAAACAGGCCUGGGUGGUUUUGCUUCACAGUGGUGUCCUGUCCUGCUGCUGGAGGAGAGAGAUGUGAGGGAAAGGAGGGAGCCCUGUUCUGGAUAACUGUGCAAUAUUGACCCAGCUUUCCUCCUGUACUGGGUCGUUUUUAUAAAUUGCCGCUUUUCCCUUGUGAUGCUGUUGAAGAGCAAUUGAAGAUGAAGGGAUUGUUUUGCCAUUUCCUGCUGCUGAGAAUAAAUCGAGGAGUUUGUAAUUACUCUCCCAGGUGCCCUGGAGUGAUGAGGGAGGACGGGGUCAGCUCUGGACAACACCAUUCACCGUUCAGCUGUCAAACAGUAUGAUACAUAGGGCUACACUCAUUACUGUUCAAGUGUUCUAUGUUAGAAUUUAAUUUCAUAAAGGUUUAAAAAGAGCAAAAAAAAUGGUGCUAAAACUUCACCCCUGAGCACGCUCAUUGAGACUGGUCAUGCAGGCAUAUAGUGCCAGGCUUCUCAACUCUUCUUUCUUUUUCAAGCAUCUGCCCUGUUCUGCGUCUUCACCAGUGUACAGUGUUUUCCUGAUUUCAUUUUAUUGGAAUAGGGGAUGACGAAGGGGUGGAGUGGGGAAGGUUAGCUGUCCUUUUUUAAAGAACAGAAUUUUCAGGUUGAGUGACGUGGUUGAAUAAGCUUGAAGAGGGCUAGGUGGUUUGGCACUGGGGAAGCCUUAUCCUCUCCCGCUUCCAUUUCCCUGUUCAGUCUGGAUUAAAAAAACAGCAACAAAAAAGCCUCUAAAUAUGUACUGUGUUCUUGUCUUGCUGCAGUGAGAAGAGAAGCUAGCAAAUCAGAACAACUGGUCUGCUGUGUUAGAAACAGGCCCUCUCAGCUUUAGUCCCAUAAGGGUCCAGCUAUGAAAUCAGUUGAAAAGUGUGUUGAUUUAGUGAAAUUAGCUCAGAAAAACGUAUGAAAAGGACAGGUGGUCUCAGGAAAUAAUCCCAUUUCUAGAUCAUUACGUGGCAGCUAUGCAUAAGGAUGAAAGGAGAGAACUAGAAACAAAAUGCACUUUGAUUUGCCCUCCAGAUGGAGGUAACAGAAAUCAGUGAUUCAGUAUUUUUUCUGUGGUUACUUUUUGGGGACAGCAGUUUAGAACUACUCCCUCUAAAGCAAUUGUCACCUGGUUUGAUCUGGAUUUAACUCAUCCUUAGAAGCAAGUGCCUUUUGGUCUAGAAGGGCUUAUUCUCAUGACAACCACAGCUGAGAUCUCACUGCAAGUAUGAAUUGUCUUUGUUUUACAGCAAAUACAGGAGAAUGUCUUUGAUCACUGGAGUCUGUCAGUGUUGGAAUGUUUCCGCUGUGAGGUUCUUAAACUACUUCUUUUCAUGUUUAAUAGUCAAUCUCAACUGAGAUCACUUCAGUCUGGGAAGGUUUUAUGGUCAAAAUAUCACAUAUCUACAAUUUAUAAGAAAUAAAAACAAAUUCUGUAAGAAAUCUAAGAGAUCGUUUUAACCUUUGCACAGGAUAAUUUGUUUUCAUAGUACAUUAACCUACAUCUGCAGUCUUCACUGACUAUUAGUGCUGUUUUCUGUUUGUAUUCUGGAAACUACAUGUCAUUUUGUUUUGAGUUAUUUUGGGGUUAAUUUAUUUCCUUAAAGCAGGAGACCUCUUUUGACCUUCAGUGCAGAUGUCAGACCAAUUCUUUGUAUUACACUUGGUUGCCUCCUACCUACAUAAUAACUUCUGAGUGUAAAUAAUUGAACUCUAUCCUCUAAUGAAGUAUUGUAGAGAAUAAAUCAUAAUGGAAAAAAAAA